ACUCUCUGUAACGAAAAUUGUUUUUUUGAAAUGUUUUAAAAAUAAAUAAGAAUCUACGAAAUUCGUGACAUGGAAAGGUUAACAGUUCCAAUGUGUUUUAUUGAAAAAAAAUCAUUCAACUUUACUACAUAUUCAUUAGUAAUAGAAAAUAAAAUCGAGUUUGUGUCGAUUGUUCAGCGCUAUUGUUUUUUUGAAUAAAUGGUGGAAUAGACUAUCGUACUAAAUCUGAAUCUACAUUGAAGCGUCUGUUUCAGGAAGGGUGACUACAUGAUAUUUUAAUUGGUGGCCUUUGUUACCUCUUGGUUGAAAAGCAUAUUUUUGUUGUAGUACAUAUGUUUGAUCGUCAACAUUUAGCAGGUCUUUUAGACACAUCUUGUGCAUAUAAUCAAGAGAAAGUUCAACUACUGGAAGUGUUAGUAAAUAAAAUGCUCAUUGGAUCUCAUGAUGAGAGAACGAUUGCUCAUGACGUUUUAAGUCAAUUGAAAUCAUCAAACGAAGCAUGGAGAGUUGUUGGAUCCAUUUUACAACUAUCGAAAGAUUCCAAUACACGAUUUUUUGCUUUAACUAUACUAGAAAAUUGUAUCUCGACAAGAUGGAAUGUUUUACCAGACGAUCAAAAGCUCGGCGUCAAGCAAUAUGUGACAGACAUGACACUUACAGCAUGUACGGAUCCAACUUUGGUGGACGCAAAGUAUUUUAUUACCAAAGUGAAUCAAACAUUGAUUCAGAUUGUUAAACAAGAAUGGCCUCAUAAUUGGUCGUCCUUUAUACCCGAUUUAUGCGCAGCUGCUCGAACCAAUCAAGCCGUGUGUGAAAACAGUUUACAAAUUUUAUGUUCCUUAUCAGAGGAUGUUUUUGAUUUCGGACGAGAUCGUAUUACAUCACAAAGAAUAUCUGUUCUUAUGACGUCUUUAAAUGCCCAGUUUCAACAAAUAUAUGAUUUAUGUAUGUUUGUUUUACAAAAUUAUGUCACUUCUCCGACAUCUGUGAGCGAGGGGCUUAUCGUCGUAACGCUGCGCUGCCUUGCUCAUUUUCUUAAAUGGAUUCCGUAUGGUUAUAUAUUCGAUACUGGUCUUAUUGACAUUUUAAUUAAAUAUUUUUGGGAUCCCAUUCCUUUUCGAGUGGAGUGUGUUCGGUGCUUAACUGAAAUCGUAUCAUUGAAGAAUGUUCCUCUAGGCGGGCUUGAUAAAUUAAGAGAGUCACUUUGGUUACCUCUUGUUCAGAAAUUGUCUCAAAUUGCAGAAAUGACAAAAGAAUAUGAUACAAGAUGUUCUUCAAAUUCAAGAAUAUUUUGGGAAACUUUUUAUACACAACUCGCGAUAUGUUUAACCACAUUUUUAAAAAAUCAUCGUGUCGAUGUUUGUGAGGUUCCUUUACCGUCUGGUGACUCUUAUGAAGUUGUAAUUUUCGUUUUACAAUUCUUGGUUACAAUUUCAGCCAAAGUCAACCAUGAAGAAACGUUCAAGAUUUGUGUGGAUUUUUGGAAUAAUUUUGCUGAAACACUGCUAUCAGAAGUUCGCACUGCAUCGCGUUCCGCAGGUGCUGUACAAAGUCCUUUGUUAAUGAUGACUCAUCAUGUGGACGGAGAACCGACUCCAUUGGAAUCACCCGAAAUGUAUUCUGAACGUUUAAGAAGAUAUCAGCCUGUUUUGAACGACGUUCGUCGAACUCUUAUUUGUAAAAUGGCGCGCCCUCAAGAAGUUUGUAUUCAUUAUCAUGCGGAAACUGGGACAGUAGAUCGGGAUUAUCAUACUGACACAGAUGAAGUCGCAUUAUAUAACAAUGUCAGAGAAAGUUUAAUUUAUUUAGCCAAUCUUAGUGGAGACGAAACACAAAAAGUUCUUGUUGAUUUGUUACAAAAGUUUACACAGGACGCUAAAAACUCUCAUGAGACGAAUUGGAAUCCUACAGAGCUAAGUCGACUUUGUUGGGCUAUCGGUUCUAUGAGUGGGUCCAUGUCGGUGAAAAGAGAACAAAAUUUUCUAGUUCAUGUCACCCGUGAACUAUUAUAUUUAUGUGAGCAAAAACGAGGAACAGAAAAUAAAGCGGUUGUUGCAUCCAUGAUUAUGUACGUGUUUGGUCAACAUCCUCGUUUUUUAAGAAGUCACAUUAAAUUUUUGGAGACUGUUAUCAAUAAACUUUUUGAGUUCAUGCAGGAACAAUUCGAUGGCGUUCAGGAUAUGGCUUGUGAAACGUUUUUAAAAAUAACCCAAAAAUGUGCUAAAUCGCUAGCUCAACCUCAGAACGGUCAAUCCAAUGCAAUCCCUUUAAUUGAAAAAAUGUUGCAACAAUUUUUUGUUCUUUAUAAGCAAUUAUCUUCACCAAAACAACAAUUGAUGCUUUACGAAGGAGUUGGGCAUGUUAUUGCAGCCGCGUUAACGUUUGAGAACCGUCAAAAAUUGAUUGCCUCCCUUAUGAAACCCUUUAAUGAUGAAUGGACCCAACUUAUGAUCCAUAUUGCUACCGGAACCAUUGACACUAACCAAUUUUCCAAUAAUUCGAUUUAUCAAGUGGACGUGGCUCGAAAAUUUACUGAGAUUUUGCGUGUCAAUGAAAGGGUUGCUCAUGCAACCGGUACGGCUUUCAGUUCUCAAUUUUUCGCUCUGUACACGGAAAUGCUACAAGUCUAUACAUUAUAUUCGACGCGCAUAUCACAAGAAGUAUCACAACAUCAAGCUAUUGUAAUGGGUCAUGCUCAUGUGAAAGCCUUACGCUCUAUGAAACGCGCGACUCUAUUACUCGUGCAAACCUUCGUGGAAUCAGCAUCGAAUCAUGACGAUCAGAAGAAUGGCAAUCCUUCGAACAAUGCAUCAACAGAUGAUGUUCGAAGGGAGAUCGUUCAAUUUAUUAUGCCUCCUCUUUUAAGUUCUGUUUUACAAGAUUAUAGAACAAAUGUUCCUGAAGCGCGAGACUAUGAAGUGUUAUCUUUAUUAACAACUUUAAUUAGAAAAUUAGAUACUUACAUAUUACCGGAACUUCCCCGUAUUUUUCAAUACGUUUUUGAUUGUACUUUGGAUAUGAUUAAAAGCGAUUUUCAUAGUUUUUUGGAUCAUCGUAUUCAUUUUUAUGAACUACUGGAAGCAAGUAAUGAGAAAUGUUUUGAAGGCAUAUUUGUUUUACCCGAAGUCCAACGACGUUAUUUUAUUGAAUGUCUUGUUUGGGCUUUCAAGCAUGAACAACCCACUGUAGCUGAACAAGGAUUACGUAUAACGCAAAGCUUGUUACGAAAUGUGUGUAUUGCAAAACCAGAGUUACUCGUUUCGUUUUGUCGAGUGUUUUAUUGGAGUAUUUUUCGUGAAAUCUUUGGCGUGCUUACAGAUACACUUCAUAAAUCAGGCUUCCAGCGUCAAACAUUGAUUUUAAUGCAUUUAGUUCAACUUGUGGAACUGGGUCAAGUUAAUGAUGCGGAAAAUAAUAUUACUAAACCUCAGGUUAUGUCUCAAUUAGCCGAUCUCUUGUUACAAAACUUUGGCAAUCUUAAUAGAAAACAAGUGGAAGCAUUCGUUUUAGGUCUAUUCAAUAAAUGUGGCAACCCACGAGAUUUCAGUCUACAUAUUCGAGAUUUCUUAAUUCAAUUAAAAGAAUUCUCAGGAGCUGACGAUCUUUUUGAAGAAGAAAGACAAUCCGCUUUACAAAAAGCGAAAGAAAUGGAGGCAUUGCGUCAAAUGCAGGUAAAUUGUGUUUUUUCAAUUUUGUCGCUCAAGGUCGUUUGUUCAAGGUUCCUGGUUUGGCACCUCAGUAUCAACCCGCUGAAUGUACCCGUAUUGAAGAUUUUGAAUAAUAAUAAAAAAAAAAUUUUAAUAAUUCAAUGUAAAUGACUCGAAGUGGUUUUUGAUUCAAACAACACGUUUAAGUCGAGUCAAACAUACAAGCAAUUAAACGAAUUGCUUGUAUGUUUUUUGUGUUAUUCAAAAGACAAAGUUGUCCUGUUUGUAUUGCUCUAACCAUUCUUUAAAUAACGAAAAUGACUUGAUAGUCCUAAAAUACAA